AUGCGCCCGAACAGCCGUGACGAUUUUACGAUCGCGAUCAUUUGCGCACUGACUGUGGAAGCCGAGGCUGUUGAAGAGCACUUUGAUGAGAUUUUCGAUCGCCUAAGCAAGAUUUAUGGUAAAGAUCCUAAUGACAUCAAUGCGUAUAUCAAUGGAAGGAUCGGCGUCCAUAAUGUUGUCCUGGCCUACAUGCCUGAGAUGGGAAAGGCCAGUGCCGCGAGGGUAGCUUCAAAUAUGCCCUUUAGCUACCCCAAUAUUGAGAUUGGUCUGGUUGUCGGUAUCUGUGGGGGGACUCCACGUUCACCUGGUGAUGAAGACAUAUUCUUGGGUGAUGUUGUGAUAAGCGACGCCGUGCUUGAGUAUGACUUUGGCGAACGGUAUCCAAGUGGGUUUCAGCGACAGUCUGCUAUCGAAGAUACUCUUGAAAAUCCGGACAGCGAGAUUCGAAACAUCCUCGCUGGCAUCAAAACAAGUGGCAUUCGCCGAGAAUUCCAGGACCACGUGUUGCAGCAUCUGCACAAAAUCCAUGAAUCGAACGAAAAGUGGCAACGCCCUCGCUUUACCAACGAUGUCGUCUUCGAUUCCGCAUAUCACCACAAACACCAUGACAGAACCUCUUCGGCAGAGUGCCUCUGUUUCAAUGGAGAUCAUGCCAACUUUAGAUGUCAAAUUGCGGCAACUCAAAACUGUACCGAGCUUGGCUGUCAUGAGGAGCAAAUCAGUCGUCUCCGAUACAGCACGGAACCAGAGAAUAUCUCUAUCCAUAUUGGCACAGUCGCGUCUGCUAGUACGGUGAUGAAAUCUGGAGGGGACCGGGAUCAAUUGGUCAAAACGGAGCAGGUGCUUGGUGUUGAGAUGGAAGGGGCCGGUGUAUGGGACAUUUUCCCCUGCAUCAUCAUCAAAGGGGUGUGCGACUAUGCUGAUAGCCACAAGAACAAGACGUGGCAAGCGUAUGCUGCUGCGACCGGUUCUUGUGCAGCGAAGACCUUCCUGGAGUACUGGAAGCCUGUUGCUACAGGGGUUUAGAUCAAUUGUCUAACGUGACUGCGAUGAGCGUAUAUGAAGAGAAAGGAAAUGGAAAUAUAUAUCCGUGUCCAAGCAACAUAUAGGCUCUGUGAGCUAGUCGUCGCCUAGAGUAAUCGACACAUGAUUCAAG